GGCGACAUUUGUCAAUGAUCCGGCCCUUAACCUCAAAAUUUUAAUACAAAUAUUUUAUUUUUAAUUUCAAAAUUAUCUCUCAACAAAACAAAAAACCAUGUCUUAUGACCUAAAAUCCGAAAGUGAAGUCAAGGAAUAUAUCAACAAUUUAGGCAUCGAGUAUCGGUUCGGCUGUUACAGCGAAAAAAAACCUGAUGUGUGUCAUCUACUAGCAGACUUUCUAGAAGCAAUAAAAAAAGACUACGAAAAAGCGGGAAGAGUGUACAAAAACAACUGCGAUGAGUUCAAAUAUGGAAAAAGUUGCUUGAAAUAUGGAGGAUAUUGUUUGACAGGAAAAGGAAUAAGAAAUAGCGAUUAUCCCGCAGCUUACAGCUAUUUUGAAAAAGGAUGCAAUUUGGACGAACCAUUUUCCUGUUUCAAUCAAGCAAUUUUACUGGUUACAAAGAAUGAUACUUUUGGAGUCCAACAAGAUGUUUUGAAGGGCAUGAAUUUAUUAGAAAAGUCAUGUGAUGCUCAAAAUGCAACAGCUUGCUACUACCUCUCAGGGCUUCAUAUAGCAGGAGCUAGAAAUGGUAGCAAGGUGGGAGAAAAAGCUGAAAAAGACAAUUAUGACAUUCCUCGAAGUAUGGAAAAAGCCUUCAAGUACGCUCUCGUGGGUUGUGAGCUAGGUAACAUGUAUAGUUGUGCAAAUUUGAGCCAAAUGUAUGCUAAAGGAGAUGGCGUCGAAAAAGAUCUAAAAUUAGCAGAUAAAUAUAAACAAAAAGCUUUAGAUCUUCAAAGUGAAACUGAAAAUAAUUCGGAGACAUUGAAAUUUGGUCUCGGUUUAGAGAAUAAAUAAAUAUUUGCAAAUUGAACUGUCAAAGCUAGUGAUUACUUUUAAUGAAUGUUUGUGGAAGAGAAAAUGUGUAUAAAAAUUUGCGAUAAUGUUAUUAUUUAUUGAGUAUUGAUACAAAAUUUACUUGAAGUAAUACAUGUUAUUAAUGUAUAUUAA